AUGAACAUGGGAGACCUGUCCCUGUCCCUCAUUGUAUACAACACUCAGGAGAACAGCUUGGACCCUCACCUGGGUAGCACAGUAGAGCUGGCCCUGGUUGUGAGGGUCGUAGUUGAGCUGACCCCAAGGUCAUGGGAUCUGGCUCUGCUACUUUCAAACUGUGGCCUUAGAGGAACUCACCUUAAUAAUGUUGGACUCGGAUCUCUUGAGUCACCCCCGCGCAGCCUAGGCUUGCUCUGCGAGGAAGAGAAAGGUGAGAAGGAGGAAGAAGACAAGGAUGAUGAGAAAAAGCCCAAGAUUGAAGAUGUGGAAUCUGAUGAGGAGGAUGACAGCGGCAAAGAUAAGAAAAAGAAAACAAAGAAGAUCAAGGAGAAGUACAUUGACCAGGAAGAGCUGAAUAAGACGAAGCCUAUCUGGACCAGAAAUCCGGAUGACAUCACUCAAGAGGAAUAUGGUGAAUUCUAUAAGAGCCUCACCAAUGAUUGGGAAGACCACUUGGCAGUCAAGCAUUUCUCUGUAGAAGGUCAGUUGGAAUUCAGGGCAUUGCUCUUCAUUCCCUGGCGAGCUCCCUUUGACCUUUUUGAGAACAAGAAGAAGAAAAACAACAUCAAAUUGUAUGUCCAUAGUGUGUUCAUCAUGGACAGCUGUGAUGAGCUGAUCCCCGAGUACCUCAACUUUAUCCGUGGUGUGGUUGACUCUGAGGACCUGCCUCUGAACAUCUCCCAAGAAAUGCUCCAGCAGAGCAAGAUCCUGAAAGUCAUCCACAAAAACAUUGUGAAGAAGUGCCUUGAGCUCUUCUCUGAGUUGGCUGAAGACAAAGAGAAAUACAAGAAGUUUUAUGAGGCGUUCUCCAAGAAUUUAAAGCAUGGAAUCCAUGAGGAUUCCACUAACCGUCGCCGCCUCUCUGAGCUCCUUCACUAUCACACCUCUCAGUCUGGAGAUGAGAUGACAUCCCUGUCAGAGUAUGUGUCUCGCAUGAAGGAGACACAGAAGUCCAUCUACUAUAUCACUGGUGAGAGCAAAGAGCAGGUGGCUAACUCUGCCUUUGUGGAGCAUGUGCGGAAGCGGGGCUUCGAGGUGGUGUACAUGAUGGAGCCCAUUGAUGAGUACUGCGUGCAGCAACUCAAGGAGUUUGAUGGAAAGAGCCUGGUCUCAGUGACUAAGGAGGGCCUGGAGCUGCCAGAGGAUGAGGAGGAGAAGAAGAAAAUGGAGGAGAGCAAGGCAAAGUUUGAGAAUCUCUGCAAGCUCAUGAAGGAGAUCUUGGACAAGAAGGUUGAAAAAGUGACAAUCUCCAAUCGGCUUGUGUCUUCCCCCUGCUGCAUUGUGACAAGCACCUAUGGCUGGACAGCCAACAUGGAACGGAUCAUGAAGGCCCAGGCACUGUGAGACAACUCUACAAUGGGCUACAUGAUGGCCAAAAAGCACCUAGAGAUCAACCCUGACCACCCCAUUGUGGAGACCCUUCGGCACAAAAACGACAAAGCUGUCAAGGACCUGGUGGUGUUGCUGUUUGAAACUGCUCUGCUCUCCUCUGGUUUCUCACUUGAGGAUCCCCAAACCCACUCCAACCGCAUCUACCGCAUGAUUAAGCUAGGCCUGGGCAUUGAUGAAGAUGAGGUCACUGCGGAAGAGCCCAGUGCUGCUGUCCCUGAUGAGAUCCCCCCACUGGAAGGUGAUAAGGAUGCCUCUCACAUGGAAGAAGUGGAUUAAAGGCUCCCAGGAACCCCUGCCCUCUGUAUAGUAUCCCUGUGGCUCCCCCAGCAGCCUUGACUGGCCCUGACCCACCUGGCUCAUGUCUACAAGAAUCUCCUCUAUCCUGUCCUUGUGCCUUAAGGCAAAAAGAUCCCCUCCCACAGAAUAGCAGG